AUGGCGAAUGCUUGUCUGAUGAAUAUUAGGAGCCUUCUCCAUAGUAAGACCCAUACAUUUACGUUAAGGGAGAGUCUGCGCCAAUGGGGACAGGUGGGCUAUUUAUCAUCAUGCUGGAAAUCCAGACUUUGCGUGCUAACAGUCAGCGUACGUCUUCUGAACCGUCUGCUCGGCUAUGAAACAAACACUGAGGUCAUAUUUACUCUAAAUUAUGCUGGAUCCCUCUGCGGAGGAGCAUCAUUGCCUGCUUUUGGACAUUUACAGGACCGCCGUCAUCUUUCUGCGAGAAACCCCUCAGAAAUCACUGCAGCCAGGAGGCUUCAGAAUGUUUUGAGUAAAUAAAGGUAUCGAACGAUAUUUCCAUACCAUAAAACGAUGCUGGAGAAGAGUAAAUAUAAUUUGGUUGACGACUCAGUGGAUCAGAGGAUUCCUGCUGAUAAUGAUGGGCAGUUCCAGCAUGGGCUCACAUUCGACGUGAAGUUCAUUGGGAGCCUGGAUAUCGUGCGACCCAAAAGCAGAAUUGAAAUAUUGGCUGCUAUGAGACGAAUACGGUAUGAGUUUAAAAUUAAGAACAUCAAGAAGAAGAAAGUCAACCUUAUUGUGUCAGUGGAUGGUGUCAAGGUGGUUUUGCGGAAGAAGAAAAAGAAAUAUGACUAUAGCUGGGAUGAAAGCCAAGUGACACUGGCCCAGGACCCCAUUUUCAGAAUAUUUUACGUCUCUCAUGACUCACAGGACCUGAAGAUAUUCAGUUACAUAGCAAGAGACAAGAAAAGCAAUGUGUUCCGCUGCAAUGUCUUCAAAUCGAAGAGAAAGAGCCAAGCCAUGAGGAUAGUGCGGACCGUGGGUCAGGCGUUUGAGGUGUGCCAUAAACAGAGUCUAGACAAUGCUGACGCAUGGCUUGUAAAAGGUGAGGAGGAGAGAAGCAAAGACGAGACUUCAGUUGCUGGCGGCACCGCUGAGAGAUCAAGCAACACUGGGCUAGAGAAAGAUGAAAAGGUGUGUGAAGAGCCGGUGCUGGUGAUGGAGUCAUCCAGGCUGGCGUCUCCUCUCUCCAGUCCUCUGUCCGUGAGCCAUCAGGUGCAGCUCCUGCAGAGACAGUUACAGCAGCAGGAGCAGAGGAGUCAAGCCGCCUCCGCACAGGUUAUAUAUAUAUAUAUAUAUAUAUAUACACAUACAUGCGCCAGGACCGAAGCUCAGGCUAGAGUCCAGCAGCUCCUGCAGCAGAACACUGAACUCCUGCAGCAUCUCUCACUGCUGGUCAAACACAUCCAAGAGCUGGAGCUCCGCACUCAACCACACAAAAACUCCCCCUUGGGAUCUCAAGACAGCCUUCUAGAAAUUGCUCUGCGUGCCAACAUGCCAGCUGUAUCACGUGACCCCAACACGAAUCCUCCCUCAAGCGCUCGAGAGGGCUUCCCUCUCUCAAACAGCCUGGCUCGGCUCGACGGCUUCUGUUUCUUCUCAGAAUCUUCAGAGCGGGAGAAGAAGCCGGAGCAGGACCGUGACUCAGGACAGGGUCAGGAUGAAGAUCAGUCGGGUGGUUGCUCUCCUCCAGAGAACCAGUUUCUCUGCACACUGGACACACCAGGAUUCAGAGAGUCCGGUAUCGCAUCCGGAUAUGAGUCCAACACUGAUGAGAGUGAUGACCGGGACAGCUGGGGCCACUAACUGUGUGCACCAUGUGUGAGUCUGUUCCUGCUGAAAAAAACAGCUCAGACCAGCAGCAGCAGCUAAGCACUUCAGCUUUUGCAUUGCAGCUUCAGCUUUCAGAAUAAAUAUAUAAAUAA